AAAAUGACAUUAGCCAAAUCUUCAAAACAAACUUGAUCAUUACAAAUAAAUAUCCUUGCUUUUAGAGAUUAUUGAUAAAAAUUAAAUUACAACAACUUAUACAUUGAUCAUCUUCCUUUAAAAUAAUGUAAGAGCAUUUCAAAAGCAGUAUAAUGUCAGUGAUCGCAGUGCGAAGUUGCCCGGGUCUGUACUGCGGACGGACAGAGCUGGAUGACGGGACCUGGAGUGAGUGCGGGGCCUGCCCUCGCGGGUUCCGCACAAACGCAUCUAGCUACUGCGUGCCAUGUACUGAUGAGCCCGUGCUCUACGACGGCCUGUAUCUUGGCUUCAUGGUGAUGCUGCCCAUGGUAUUACACUGGUUCUUCAUCGAUAUGGUAGCAGUAGGCAAAGCGACUAAGAACAUUCUGGUGCAGCACAUAUGUGCAUUUGUCGAGGUAGCAUCAGGAACUCUGGCAGCAUUACUAGUGUUGCCGCCUACAGGCACUAUUGCCCUCCAUGUUUGUUCUCCGAAGGCUUUGUCGGACUGGUACACAUUACUGCACAACCCACAGCCUGACUAUAAGGAGACACUACAUUGUACACAGGAGGCUGUAUAUCCAUUGUAUACAGUAGUGCUCCUGAUAUAUGCAUUCAGCCUGUUAAUGACAAUAACACUGAGGCCAUGGUUGUUGACAUGGGACUCUUCCAAUCCUGGCAGAAAGGCCAUAUACUGUGCCCUGUACUUCUAUCCUAUUCUUGUACUUAUACAUACAGUUGCUGCUGGUUUAAUAUACUGUUCAUUCCCAUACAUAAUCAUAAUUAUAUCAAUGAUGACGUCAGCAUCACACUUCUCUAUAAAGAUUGAGCAGUCGGCGCCAGCACUUCUCAUGUCUUCCUUAUCAAAUCCAAGGAACUUGACCAUUUUGUUAGGUCACUGGCUGGUCCAUGCUUACGGGAUUAUAUCACUGACUGGAUUCAAAGAGCUGUGGUAUUUGUCCUUGGUCCCAGCCCCAGCACUGUUCUACAUACUCACUGCACAAUUUACUGACCCCAUGAAGAUACACAGCGAUUGACAAACAAGACAAACUAUGAAAUAAGUUUGACGGUCUUGAAAUUGUAAAAAAUAAAUGUAAAUAGGUUUUAAAUUAUAACGGCAUUUAAUUAUAAGCUUAAUUUUAAUGUUAAAUA